AUGCUCUCACACACACACAAACAGUACAUUAAGCCAAGGAAAGAACAAAAGGAACAAGAAAUGGUGACCAUGAGGGCUUUUUGCUAUCUUCUAAUAUUUUUCAUCUUGCAAUUAUAUGCUGAAGUCUCCAAUGCAAACUUUAAUAAACGAGCUCCGCUGGUGGCAAAUAAUGGUGGUCUUGGAGCAAGCACUAGUACUCCGAUUGCCAACAAGGCUAUUGAAGAUGUAAUCGAAAACCGAAAGACGUUGAAGCAUGGUUGUGUGAACGUUGAGACAAACGAAAAGAAUGGUUUAGAGAUAGAGAGUAAAGAAGCUGUGAGGAAAAGAAAGAAUAUGAAGAGAGUCACCAAAACGGUGAGUUUAACCGCCGAUUACAGGGACCCUGGUCAUCAUCCUCCUAGGCAUAACUAAAACUUUUAAAGAAUACUUAUAAAUAUGAUACUACAUUAAACACGGGCCUCUCUUUCGCAAAGAGGUUUCAAUUUUGGUGCGUCACUAUUUAUAUAAAAGAAUAUUUAGCAUUUUACAUGUUUUUUAAGGUAGUAGUUUUGUAUGUAUUCAAGAGAGACGUUUUUGGUUAUUAAUGUCACUAUACCAUCGUAGUCUAAGAAUUUUAGUUACUGUGGAAAGAGUCUUCAAAUUCCACCAUACUAGGAAUCGUAUUUUCGGAAUCUGAUCAGCA